CCAACAUAAUAAUUUGCCCUUGCAGUGUUUGUAGCUAUUUCUGCCAAGGAUAUUGUGAUUUUUGUGUGCGUGUGUGUGCUUGAGUCAUGGAAGGAGGAAUGCAUCCAGGAACCGAUGUUUCUGCUUUCAGAGAAUGUUUCUCUCUGGCAUGGAAGAACCCAUAUGUUCUUCAGCUUGCUUUCUCUGCUGGGAUCGGUGGUUUGCUCUUUGGUUAUGAUACUGGAGUCAUUUCUGGUGCUCUUCUUUAUAUUAGAGAUGACUUCAAGGCUGUUGAUAGGCAGACCAUUCUGCAGGAAAGCAUUGUCAGUAUGGCAGUUGCCGGUGCGAUAAUUGGUGCUGCAAUUGGUGGAUGGAUGAACGAUCGAUAUGGCCGCAGGAUCUCAAUCCUGGUUGCAGACUCUCUCUUCUUCAAAGGAGCUAUUGUCAUGGCCUCUGCUCCCAACCCAGCUCUACUGAUCAUUGGUCGUAUUUUUGUGGGUCUCGGUGUUGGUAUGGCAUCGAUGACAUCUCCAUUAUACAUCUCAGAAGCUUCUCCUGCUAAAGUCCGAGGUGCCUUGGUUAGUACCAAUGGUUUCCUUAUAACAGGAGGCCAGUUUCUAUCUUACCUGAUCAACUUAGCAUUCACCAAGGCUCCUGGGACAUGGAGGUGGAUGCUUGGAGUUGCAGGGUUACCAGCUCUGUUUCAAUUUGCACUAAUGUGGUUUCUUCCAGAGUCACCACGCUGGCUUUAUAGAAAGGGAAGGGAAGAUGAAGCCAAAGCCUUACUCAAAAGAAUCUACCCUACGGAUGAGGCUGAAAUAGAGAUACAAGCUCUGAAAGAGUCUGUUGAGACAGAGAUCAAGGAAGAAGGAUCAUCAGAGAAGAUCAAUUUCACUAAGAUACUGAAAACCAAGACAGUAAGAAGAGGACUUGUAGCAGGUGUAGGACUACAGAUCUUCCAACAAUUUGUGGGCAUUAACACAGUAAUGUAUUACAGUCCCACCAUUGUUCAGUUGGCUGGUUUUGCAUCUAACCAAACAGCUCUCCUACUAUCCCUUAUCACAGCUGGUCUCAAUGCCUUGGGCUCCAUUGUGAGCAUUUACUUUGUAGAUAGGACUGGAAGGAAAAAACUUUUGAUCAUCGGUCUAACUGGUGUUGUUGUCUCACUAGCUCUCCUUUCAGCUACUUUCCAUGAGACCACGACACACUCGCCCCUGGUUAGCAGGCAGGAGACAGCCCACUUCUCUAACUUAACCUGCCCAGAUUUCCAGUCCACAUCUGUAACUUGGGACUGCAUGAAGUGUUUGAAGGCCUCUUCUCCAUCUUGUGGCUUCUGUGCAUCUCCAACUAACAAGGUAUACCCAGGGGCUUGUUUGAUCUCAAAUUCAACAGUGAAGGAUAUGUGUCAAGGGGAACAUAGACUAUGGUACACAAGGGGUUGUCCUAGCAGACAUGGAUGGAUUGCUUUAAUUGGAUUAGCCCUUUACAUCAUAUUCUUCUCUCCUGGGAUGGGAUCUGUUCCAUGGAUUGUGAACUCAGAGAUAUACCCCUUGAGAUUCAGAGGUGUCUGUGGAGGGAUAGCUGCCACUGCUAACUGGAUCUCGAACCUGAUCGUGGCUCAAUCCUUCCUCACCUUAACACAGGCAAUUGGGACUGCAUGGACUUUUCUAAUCUUUGGGGUAAUCUCUGUAGUUGCCUUGUUCUUUGUUCUGGUUUGUGUGCCAGAGACCAAGGGGCUACCAAUUGAGGAAGUUGAGAAAAUGCUGGACCGAAGAGCUCUACAGAUUAAGUUCUGGAGAAAGAACUCGGAUGAUUUCGAGAAGUAAGAAUUUGAAUCAAGAGUGUCAUAG